CUGGAGACAAAGAGCAGCGAGAAACAGCAAAAGACUCGGGGGUAAGACAAGCAGAGAAUAGCUUGCAUCUUCGUGGAACCUGAACCUGAUUUUCUCCAUCUUGCACUGCCAAAUCCACCUUUUUUCUCUCCUUCUCAAAAGGGGGCCACUGCCCAGCACUUUUUCUCCUGGAAACUGUGUAACAGGACUUCUUUUUCAUCUUUUCCUCCUCCUCCUCUUUUUUUCUCCCCCGUCCCACUCAAACUUGACUUCAUCACCACUUUCGGAUUUUGACCAACGCAACCAUGGAUCGAACAACCAAUGGUGACGACGGCGUCGAGAAGCAGGCCGAGUUCAAUCAUCUCGAUCAGGCUCCUAGCAAGGUCAGCUCUGAGAUCGAUCACGACCAUGGCUUCACGCAGGAGGAGCAGCGCAGCAUCAUUCGACGUAUUGAUCGUCGUCUCGUCGUGACUGUUGGUGCUAUGUAUUGUGUUUCGCUUAUGGACCGAACCAAUAUGAGUGCUGCCAACAUUGCGGGCAUGAGCGCCGAGCUCCAACUCACUGGCUUCCGAUACAAUAUUGCCAAUUUGGUCUUCUUCAUCCCCUACGUCAUCUUUCAGCCACCGUCGACUGUCCUCAUCCGCAAAGUCGGUCCUCGUCUUCAUCUGGCCCUCAUCACUAUGAUGUGGGGUGCUGUCAUGGUUGGUAUGGGAUUCGUUAAGAAGUUCCCUCAGCUUGCAGCUCUCCGAGCGGUUCUUGGUUUCUUCGAGGCUGGUUUCUUCCCCAGCUGUGUCUAUCUUCUCAGCACAUGGUACACUCGAUAUGAGGUUGGAAAGCGAUACUCUGUCUUCUAUCUCCUUGGUUGCGUCGCUUCUGCUUUCUCUGGUAUUCUCGCCUAUGGUCUCAUGCAACUCAAUGGUCGCGAGAAUCUCACUGGCUGGCGUUGGAUUUUCAUCAUCGAAGGUACUCUCACCAUCGCCCUCGGUAUUGCUGGAUACUGGCUCCUCGUCGACUUCCCCGAUUCCAAGCGCAAGACAUGGUCGUUCCUCGGUAGCCGUGAGCGUCAGUGGGUCGUCGAUCGUAUCCGCCGUGAUCGUGGCGACACUGAGGUCCCUCCCUUCCAGUUCAGCAAGUUCAUUCGAGGCGGUGCCGACUGGAAGGUUUGGGCCUAUGCUAUGAUCUUCUUCGAUACCACCACCAUCAGCUACGCCCUUGCUUACACCCUGCCUAUCAUCCUUGUCGGAAACAUGGGUUUCAGCGUCGGAGCAGCUCAGUGUCUCGUUGCGCCUCCUUAUGCCUUUGCUGGUAUCGUCAUGUUCGCUACUGCCUGGGUCGGCGACAAGUAUCACAUCCGAGGCCCCAUGAUCCUCUUCAACAUGCUUCUCUGCCUCAUCGGACUUCCCAUCAUGGGCUGGGCCGAGAGUGCCAACGUGCGCUACUUCGGUGUCUUCCUCGUCACCGCCGGUGCCAACAGCAACAUCCCAACUGCCAUGUCCUUCCAGGCCAACAACAUCCGCGGCCAGUGGAAGCGAGCUUUCUGCAGCGCUACUCUCGUUGGCUUUGGUGGCUUUGGCGGUAUUGCGGGCAGCCUGGUGUUCCGCGAGCAGGACAAGCUCACGGGGUACAAGCCUGGUAUGUGGGCUUGCAUCGCCUGCUGUCUCGUCACUGUCAUCCUCGUCUGUCUCUGUGACUUGGACUUUAAGAGGCAGAAUGCCAAGGCUGAUCGGGGUGAGAAGGUGUUGGAGGCCCAUGAUGAGGGCGCUUCUUCCGAUUUCCGCUAUACUUACUAAGAUGGGUGGAUACAUGAAUGAAUGAAUGUCAAAUGCCAGGAUGAGGUUGUUCUGUUUCUAUGUAUUUGUUUCAGUCUAGCCUAAUAACGUCCAUUGUUCACA